UGUUAAAUAUGGAUGUGGAUGCGGAAAAGUUGUUGAAGUUAGUGAAGGCGAGACAACCUAUCUAUAUAAGAAAAACUAAUGGAAAUAAAAAGAAAUUAUGGCAAGAAAUAGCCGCGGAAAUGAAUUGGUCAGUGACGGAUUGUAAAACUAAAUGGAUGUGUUUACGCAACGCUUACUGCAGACAUUUGCGAGGUCUUCCGUUGGACCGGUAUGGGAAAGAGCGAAGGAAAUGGUAUUUAGCUGAUGCUAUGGCAUUCCUAAGUCCACAUGUUCGUUCGAAUUAUAGUGGUAACAACAGUCUGGAUAGUCAAGACGCUGAGGAGUUUAAAAGCGAAACAGCGAGUGUUCUAGACGAAAGUGUUCAUUCAAUUACAAGCUCAAUCGCGAGUGCUGAGGAAGACGUGCACGUUUUUGGGAGCGUAAAAUACGAACUGAGUCCUGAAACUAAAGUAGAGAUAUCUGAUGGUUUUGUACAAGAAGAUGGCACAGAAGUUGGCUACGAGGAACCAGAAGAUGGAGGAAAAGUCUAUUUUCCCGAGUGUAGCUUGGGAGGACCACAGGAAGAUGCCGACACAGAAGCUACCUUGGCGCAUCGAGUGGGUGGAGAAAAAGUCUAUUUUCCAGAGUGUAGCUUGGGAAGACCACAGGAAGAUACUGGCAGAGAAGUUACCUUCGCACAACCAGAAGAUAGAGAAAAAGUUUAUUUUCCAGGGUGCAGCUUGGGGCAACCACGGGAAGAUGCAAACCUCUUAUUUUUUAAAAGCUUAUAUGCCGAUUACGGAAAACUAUCCAGCAGACGACAGCGAGCAUUUAAAAUGCAAAUGUUAAAUAAAAUGCAGGAGUUACAGGAAGAGGAUGAAAAUGAGCUCUUAGGCAUGCGUAGACCACCUCAAACAGGGCCUCCUGGCAAUAUAACCUUUAAAGGUUUUCAAAACUGAAAGUUUUUUUUAUAAUUUAAGAAAGUUACGAAGAAUAAUAUUUAAUAUGGAAACUCAGUUUUAGUGUGUACCUAAUUUCGUAAUAUGAAUACUUAGGGUUUUGUGUAACUAGAGCUGCUUGAACUGCAGCGCAUCGUACAUAAACCAGUUUGGGAUUAGUCGCUUUCUUAAGCCCAAAUUGUAGGCCACCCAAGGUAAUGGUUUUUGACCGCCAAAAUGUGUACCGCAGGGAAAAACGAAAAAAUGUGAAAGGGAUACCGAGAUCGAGCAUCUCGAACGAACAAUGUUGGCUUCUGAAACCAAUAAAGAAUCGCUCAUGCUGUCAGGCGUUACUUUGAACUGAGUAAGCAAUUGAAAAGUAAAGUCCUAUCUCACUCCGAUCAAACCUUAUGGCGCAGAAACAUGGCCGGUUUCGACCGACAAAUCAGUACUAAGGGGUUUCAAAGGAAAUUUUUAACCAAAAGUUAAUGGUAGUUUGAGCAUUGGCAACACCAAACACCGCAGACUGUAUGACUUGUACUUUGAAAUAGGCAAAUCUAUGAAUUUCAGCGAAUAGAGAAAAGGCGACUACGCUGGUAUGGUCAUGUCGUUCGAAUAUAUGAAGACACUCCAGCUUUGUAGUAAAAGUUGAUGGAAAUAGAAGAAGGUUUGGAGACACGACGGGUGAUCUUUUUUCAUUCGGCUGCAAUCGAGAAGGUGGAGGGUGAGC